UAAGAGUGGAGGCAGUCUUCCUUUCUUUCAGCUGGAGUGCUCCUCAAGAGCGAGCUCCACCCUUAAAAAAGAUGUUUUCUGCGAAGAUCUUGUGCCUGGUCCUGAGUGUGGUGGGCACAGUCUGGACCACAAGUUCCAAGGAAAGUGAAUUUAUAGCCGAAGGAGGAGGUGUACGUGGCCCAAGAAUUGUGGAAAGACAGCAAUCUGCCUGCAAGGAGACAGAUUGGCCCUUCUGUUCCGAUGAAGACUGGAACUACAAAUGCCCUUCUGGCUGCAGGAUGAAAGGGUUAAUCGAUGAAGUCAACCAAGAUUUUACAAACAGAAUAAAUAAGCUCAAAAACUCACUCUUUGACUAUCAGAAGAACAAUAAGGACUCUAGUUCAUUGACAGCGAAUAUAAUGGAACUUGUGAGAGGGGAUUUUGCCACUGCCAACAAUAAUGAUAAUACAUAUAGCCAAGUGUCAGAAGAUCUGAGAAGCAAAAUUGAGAUCCUGAGGCGCAAAGUCCUAGAACAAGUACAACACAUCCAACUUCUACAGAAAAAUGUCAGGGAUCAGCUGGUAGAUAUGAAACGACUAGAGGUGGACAUUGAUAUUAAGAUCCGAUCUUGCCAAGGGUCAUGCAGUAGGGCUUUAGAGCGUAGGACAGAUCUAAAGUACUAUGAAGAUCAACAGAAGCAACUUGAACAAGUCAUUGCCAAAGACUUACUUCCACCUAAAGACAGUCAAUACUUACCACUGCUAAAAACGAGCCCAGCUCCAAAUAUGCUUCCUGGGGACUACAAGAGCCAGCUUCAGAAGGCCCCUCUAGAGUGGAAGGCACUCAUGGAAAUGAAGCAGAUGAAAAUGACUCUAGAGAGGCUUGAUAGAGAUGGGAAUGCCCGAGGAGACACUCCAUCUCAUGGAACAGGAUCAGUGCCUGAAAGCCCCAGGAACCCUGGGAGCUCCACCCCUGGAAGUGCUGGCACUUGGAACCCUGGCAGUGCUGGUCCUUGGAGCUCUGGGAGCACCAGGCCUGGCAGCACGGGGCCUGGUAGUGCUGGUACUUGGAGCACCAGGCCUGGCAGCACUGGGCCUGGCAGUGCUGGUACUUGGAGCUCCGGGAGCACUGGGCCUGGCAACACUGGACCGGGCAGUACCGGCACUUGGAGCUCUGGGAGCACCGGGCCUGGCAACACUGGACCGGGCAGUACUGGCACUUGGAGCUCCGGGAGCACUGGGCCUGGCAACACUGGACCGGGCAGUACUGGCACUUGGAGCUCCGGGAGCACCGGGCCUGGCAACACUGGACUGGGCAGUACUGGCACUUGGAGCUCCGGGAGCACCAGGCCUGGCAACACUGGACCGGGCAGUACUGGCACUUGGAGCUCUGGAAGUUCUGGCUCCGAAAGCUUUAGGCCAGGUAGCGUAGGGCAUGGGAACACCAGGCCUACCAACCCAGAGUGGGGGACAUUUGAAGAGGGGGUGUCAGGAAGUGUGACUCCAGGGUCAAAGAAUGAGUUCCACACAAGUAAACUGGUCACUUCUAAAGGAGAGAAAGAGCUUCUUAUUGGUAAUGAGAAGGUCACCUCUAGUAGCACAACCGCCACUCGUCACGCAUGCUCUAAAACUGUUACUAAGACCGUUAUAGGUCCAGAUGGUCGCAAAGAAGUGACAAAAGAAGUGGUAAACUCCGAAGAUGGUUCUGAUUGUGGUGACUUAUCCCAUACUUUUGCUGGCAGCCUAGAUGAUCUCCAUGCUAGGCACCCUGAUCUAGAGAGUUUCUUUGGCACCUCAAUUGUUAAAACACCUCCAGGUAUACUUUUACCCUCGCGUAAAGAGUUUGACCAUAAGACCCACAUUAUGGGCUCAGAUUCUGAGAUAUUCACAAGCAUAGGGGCACCUGAGUUCCCUUCCAGUGGUAAAACUUCAAGUCACAGCAAACAAUUUGUGGCCAGUAGUACGAUUUACAACAGAGGAGACUCCGCAUUUGAAAGCAAGAGCUAUAAAGGGGCAGGUGAGGCCGGAGCGGAAGCGGAACAUGAAAUCUUCAGAGGAGAAUAUAGCAUCAAAAGAGGCCAUGCUAAAGCUCGCCCUGCCAGAGACUGUGAUGAUGUCCUCCAAACACAUCCUUCAGGUGCCCAAAGUGGUAUUUUCAAUAUCAAGCUACCGGGAUCCAGUAAGCUUUUUUCUGUUUAUUGUGAUCAAGAGACCAGUCUGGGAGGAUGGCUUUUGAUCCAGCAGAGAAUGGAUGGAUCACUGAAUUUUAACCGGACCUGGCAAGACUACAAGAGAGGUUUCGGCAGCCUGGAUGACAAGGGGGAAGGCGAGUUCUGGCUAGGCAAUGAACACCUCCACUUACUAACCCUGAGGGCCUCUGUCCUUCGGGUUGAAUUAGAGGACUGGGCUGGGGACCAGGCUUAUGCGGAAUAUCACCUGAGGGUAGGCUCUGAGGCAGAGGGCUAUGCCCUGCAGGUCUCCUCCUACGAGGGCACAGCAGGGGAUGCUCUGGUGGAGGGUUCUGCAGAGGAAGGAACAGAGUAUACCUCUCACGCGGGCAUGCAGUUCAGCACGUACGACAGGGAUGCAGACCAGUGGGAAGAGAACUGCGCAGAAGUCUACGGAGGAGGCUGGUGGUACAACAGCUGCCAAGCGGCCAAUCUCAAUGGCAUCUACUACCCUGGGGGCUCCUAUGAUCCAAGGAACAACAGUCCUUAUGAGAUUGAGAAUGGAGUGGUCUGGGUCCCCUUCAGAGGUGCAGAUUAUUCCCUCAGGGCUGUUCGCAUGAAAAUCAGGCCCCUGGAGACCAGGUAGGAGUGGAAGUGAGAGUAAUCUGUUUUCUUUGUUUAGUGAGGUGAAGAAAAAAAAAUGAGGAAGAUAAAGUAGUUAAGAUUCUUUACAAUCUACUAAAAAAAUUCACAGGUGCUAUUUUAUUAUUCCUUGUACUGUAUCUAAAUGUAACUGAGACAUAUUACUGCUUUAAAGAAUAAAGUUAUGUGAGCUUUUUUAUCUUGAAA